AGGCCUGGGCCAGGCUGAAGCCAGGAGCCAGGAGCCUCUUCCGGGUCUCCCACGCAGGUGCAGGGGUCCAAGCACUUGAAACAUCUUCCGCUGCUUUCCCAAGUGCAUUAGCAGGGAGCUGGAUCUUAACUGGAGCAGCCAGGACCUGAACCAGUGCCCAUAUAGGAUGCCGGUGCUGCAGGCAGAGGCUAAACCUUCCAUGCCACAGCACUGGCCCCUAUAGCCUACUCUUGACGAGGCAGCCUGAAAGAGGAUUUGUCUUUUAUUUUUAAAUUUUUAGUUAUUAUUUUUUCAAAGGCAGAGAGACACAAAACAAUCUCUCAUCUUCUGGCUGACUUCUCAAAUGCCUACAAUGUCUGAGACCGGGUCAAACUGAAAACCAGGAGCCAGGCACUCAAUCCGGGUCUCCCAGGUUGGGGGCAGGGGCCCUGCUACUGGAGCUGCCAUUCACUGCCUCCCGCGGUGCAAAUUAGCAGGAGGGUUUGAAAUCAGGAGUGGACCCAGGACUCAAGGUAUUUGCAAAAAGUUCCUAAGUCUGCACCUCACCCAAGAUCAUUCAGAUUUGGUUGAUGUGAAGUAGGAUCCAGGCAUUUACGAGUUGGGGGGAGAGAGAGAGCUUCUAUCUGCUAGUUCACUCCCCAGAUGGCCACAGUGACUGGGGAUGGCGCCAGGCCGAAGCCAGGAGCCUAGAGCUUCUUCUGGGUCUCCCAUGUGGGUUCAGGGGCCCAAACACUUGGGCCAUCCUGCUCUGCUUUCCCAGGCCACAGCAGAUUGGAGGAGGAUCAGCCUCUUCUAGUGCCACAAGUAGGUGCUUAGCCUACCAUGCCACAGCCGACCCUUUUAUUUUUUAAAUUAAAAACAUUAUUUUGACCGCAGCAUAGUGGCAGCUGAGCUGAGCUGCUUCCUGCAACACCAGCAUCCCAUAUCAGUGCCAGUGUGAGUCCUGGCGGCUUCAUUUCUGAUCCAGCUCCCCACUAAUGUGCCCGGGCCCCUGCCAUCCAUGUGGGAGACCCAGAUGGUACUUCAGGCUCCUGCUUUCAGCCUGGCCCAGCCCCGGCCAUUUCAGCCAUUUGGGGAGUGAGUCAGCGGAUGUAUGAUCUCUCUUCCUUUUCUUCCCAUCACUCUGCUUUUCAAAUAAACAAAUCUUAUAAAAAGUUAUUCAUGUGUUUAUUUGAGAGGCUCCCAUCCAUUGGUUGAUUCCCCAAAAUGCCCCCAUAGCCAAGCCUAGGCCAGGGCCAAAGCAAGACCUGGGAACUAGUCCAGGUGUUGCUGUGGGUGGCAGGAACCUAGUCACUUGAGCCACGCUGUGGUUUCCCAGGGUGUGCAUUAGCAGGAAGCUGGAGUGCGUAGUCCGAGGCAGGCACGGAACCCAGCACUCUGAUGUGGCACAGGGGCAGCUGAUUCUAGCGAUAAAUGCUUUCAGCCAUGCAGACUGGACGCCCACACAUGCCCUUUAGAUUUUCGUUUGUCACCUCGGAGACACCUUCCUAGUGUGCACCCCGUGCCCACCACUCCUUAAUUCCCUUGUCCUGCUCUGUCUUCAUGGCACUCAACUGAUUUCCCACCUAUUUUUUCCUUAUUUUUCUGUCCCUUCUCCAAUAGAAUGGAAGCCCCAGGAGGUCAGGAAUUUGGUUGUUCUGCACGCCUGCUGCUUCAAAUAUCUGCCAUCUAGUAGUCGUUCACUAAAUCUUUCCCCGGGUGACUCGAUUUCUGCGUGCGUGUUCGUGUGUGUGUGUGUGUGUGCGCGCAUGUGCACACGUAUGUGUGCAUGUGUGUGUGUAUUUUGUUGGAGGCUGACUCAUGGUUUGGGCCAUGCAGAGUCUCAGUGCAUGCUGGCGGAAAGGACAGGCAUUUGGGUCUGGAGUCGCUGAUGACUGAAGUUGUGGGAGGAGCUGGACAGCCUGGGGACAGGGAAGCCAGGGCCAAUCCAGAUGGACAUGGACAUGGACAUGGACAUAGGGGCAGGUGGAGGCCCCCAGAUCUGCUCAUCUUGGGGGUGACACUUCUACUGCCUGGUCACUAGGCAGCCACUUGGGGUCCUCAACUGCUCAUCUCCAACCAAGCUCUAUGUUAGGAUCUAAAUAUCUCUAAAGUUUGCCAGGAGCCUCUGCACACCACUAGCACAGCCAUUCUUUCCCCAGUUUACUGCCAAGAGCCCACCCUGGGCACCCCCAUUUCUCUCCACAGUGUGUGUGUGGGGGGGUCAAUUGUUUAUUUUUUCCAUCGAGCUCCCAUUCUCUGACUCACUCUCCAAAUAUCUGCAAUGGCCACGGAGGCAGAAGCCAGGAGCUGGGAAUUCAACCCAGAUCUCUCACGUGGGUGUCAGGAACCCAACUAAUUAAUUGAGCCAUCACCGCGGCCUCCCAGGGUCUGCAUUAGCAGGAAGCUGGAACCAGAAGUAGCGGCCGGGACUCGAACCCAGGUGUCUUAAGCCCUACACCAAGCGCUGCCCCACAGUAUCCAGAGAAUCCUCUUUCUACAGAACAAAUCCGAUUCUCUUGCUGCAGUUUAAAAUCUCUCGGCUGCCUCCUUGCUGCCCUUGCGCGUGUGUUUGGCCCUCCCUCUCCAAACUCCUCUCUGGCUCCUCUCGGUCUACGCAGACCCCAUAGCCGCAGGACCCAAACAAAGAACUGCUCUCCGCGGGGGAGGCCUUCUCGGAACCCCGAGCUCCCCUCACUCCUACUGACACUGUGGCCGGGGGCGCCCGUGGGGGUCUCCGCUGUGUCAGGGAGACAAGUCGCCCCGGGGAGGGAGAAAAGGGAGCCAGGCACCAGCGCUGGAAGCCAAGGAAUGAGAGCGAAGGGUGUUCGUUCCGCUGCGUCAGCGAGGCCCGAGCCGCCCUUGGGAGGAGGAGCCCAGGCUCCAGCGCGGCGGGACGGCGGGAGCGCACGCGGCCUCGCUCCCGGCCAGGGGCGCCGAGCACCGCGCGCCCGCGGGCCUCCAGGGCACGGCGGGGCCGCGUUCCGGCUGGUCGCGGUCCCUGGCCGCUGUUCCCCGGCAUCUGUAACCGGGACGGAAGGGGCGGGGACGCCGGGGCCGCGGGGCAGAGCUCUGGGUGCAAGGUCCGCGGCCCGGGGCAGGCAAGGGGCCUUCUCCGCGCAGCCGCGCCGCGCGGGCCGGGGGGCGGGGCCCGGCCGGGUCGAGGGGCGGGGUCGGGUCCUGGGCCCGCCUCCAUCAGCUCCUGGGAGCCGCGGAGCGCGCGGCACCCCGACGAUUCUGGGGGCUCCAGGCUACCUGCCCCCCACGGGCUAUGCGCCUUCGCCCCCACCUCCCUACCCUGUGACGGCUGGAUACCCGGAGCCGGCGCUGCACCCUGGGCCCGGGCCGGCACCAGUGCCCGCACAGGUGCCCGCCCCUGCACCCGGCUUCGCUGUGUUCCCUUCGCCGGGCCCGGUGGCCCCGGGGCCUGCUGCCCCCUUCUUGCCAUUGCCCGGGGUGCCUGCUGGCCUCGAAUUCCUGGUACAGAUCGAUCAGAUCUUGAUUCACCAGAAGGCUGAACGAGUGGAAACGUUCCUAGGCUGGGAGACCUGUAACCGGUACGAGCUGCGCUCAGGGGCUGGGCAGCCUCUGGGUCAGGCAGCUGAGGAGAGCAACUGUUGCGCCCGUCUGUGCUGUGGCGCCCGCCGGCCGCUGCGUGUCCGCUUGGCAGACCCUGGGGACAGGGAGGUGCUGCGCCUGAUCCGUCCGCUCCACUGUGGCUGCAGCUGCUGCCCCUGCGGCCUCCAGGAGAUGGAGGUACAGGCUCCACCAGGCACAACCAUCGGCCACGUGCUACAGACCUGGCAUCCCUUCCUCCCCAAGUUCUCCAUCCAGGAUGCGGAUCGCCAGACAGUCUUGCGAGUAGUGGGACCCUGCUGGACCUGUGGCUGUGGCACAGACACCAACUUUGAGGUGAAGACCAAGGACGAGUCCCGCAGCGUGGGCCGCAUCAGCAAGCAGUGGGGGGGGCUGCUCCGAGAGGCGCUCACGGACGCAGACGACUUCGGUCUGCAGUUCCCACUGGAUCUGGACGUGAAGCUAAAGGCUGUGCUGCUGGGAGCCACGUUUCUCAUCGACUACAUGUUCUUCGAGAAGCGAGGAGGCGCGGGGCCCUCUGCCAUCACCAGCUAGAGGCUACCCUAGGGUGAGGGAAGUACCACCUCUACCAGAACUGAAGCCGGUUGCGGGCCCGGCCCCGCCCUCCCGAGCAGCAGCCCCCUUUCUUCCAAGUAUACUGCAGGGGACGGAGAGGCUGGGGUCACGGUGCCCCACCCCGCCCCUGCUCCCUGGCCUCCUCCGCCUGGGGCCCCCACAGCAGGGUGUGUAUGAGAACCCGUCCCUGCCACCCCCGCCCCGGUCUCCCAGCAGCCCCUCAGCACACAAGCUUACUGGCUUUCAAACUUCCCACCCACUCCAAGCCCUCCGAAGGCCUUUGGCACCUGAGACUCUGGGGUUUUACGACAGGGCAUGGCCGAGUAAGGGCAAGCAGCAGCAGACAGCCGACGCGGCCACCCCUCUCCUUCGUCAGCUUUGCCAAUUAGCUCAGCCUCGGACCCUGGCACUUGGAGGGGAUCUCCACCUCCCCCGCCGGCAGGUGUCAGGGCUGGGCCCCAGCGCCAACUUCCUUUCCCCCUUGGGCCCUGCCCAGAGCGGUGCUUCCUGCAGCUUCCUGUGCCUUAUUUAACCACCCCUUCCUUGCCUUGCCCUAGGAAGGAGGCUGCAUCUUUGUAUGUUAUAUUCAUAAACACUUUGUAACUUUUUGGA